AUGGUCGUCGCAUUCUUUACCCUCCUAUCCCUCGGUCUACUUACAAGCGGGGUCCACGCCAACCCUGUCCACAAGACUAAGACUAGAACUGUCCCUGAGGGGUUCGUCACUACUAAGAAAGGCAAGUUCCAGCUUGAUGGAGAAGACUUCAAUUUUGCUGGAAGCAAUGCGUACUAUUUCCCCUUCGACAGUAAUGCGACCGAUGUCGAGAUUGGGCUCGCCGCCGCCAGAGAUGCUGGAUUGAAGGUAUUCCGCACCUGGGGCUUCAACGACAAGAACGUCACGUAUGACCCUCAAGGCCUACCACAAUACGGCGGUGAAGGCGCGGGUGCCACAAACGCCAUAUUCCAAUGGUGGGAGAACGGCACAUCCACCAUCAACAUCACCGAGUUCGACAAGGUCGUCGACGCAGCCACCAAAGCCGACAUCAAGCUCAUCGUCGCCUUCACCAACAACUGGGCCGACUACGGGGGCAUGGACGUCUUCACCAUCAAUCUCGGCGGGAAAUAUCACGACGACUUCUACCGCCUCCCCCAGAUCAAAGACGCAUACAAGCGGUACAUCUCCGUCUUCAUCGAGCGGUACAAAGACUCCCCCACAAUCAUGGCCUGGGAGCUCGCCAACGAGCCGCGCUGCGGGGGGGACUCCGUGCGCAACCUGCCCGUCUCAGGGAACUGCACCGCCGCCACUCUAACAACAUGGAUCGACGAAAUGAGCAGUUUCAUCAAAAGCCUCGACGGCAACCACUUAGUGACAUGGGGCGGGGAAGGCGGGUUCAACCGGGACUCCGAGGACUGGGCGUACAACGGGUCCGACGGGGGGGAUUUCGACGCGACGCUUGCGUUGGAGAGUAUUGAUUUCGGGGUGUUCCACACGUACCCGGACUGGUGGACGAAGACGGUGGCGUGGGCAGACCAGUGGAUCAGGGACCAUGGGGAGGCGGGGAGGAGGGCGGGGAAGCCGGUGGUGCAUGAGGAGUACGGGUGGAUGACGCCGGAGGUGCGGGAGCAGAAUGGGAUACCGGCUGCGAACGCGACGAGGACGGAGGUCGAGGGGGGGUGGCAGAGGAUUAUGCUGGAGGAGGACAUGGCGGAUAUGUUUUGGCAGUAUGGGUUUUCGGGGUUCUCGUAUGGGCGGAAUCAUAAUGAUGGGUUUACUAUCUAUUUGGAUGACGAGGAGGCGAAGGUGCUGGUGUAUGAUCAUGCUAGGGAGGUUAAUGAGCUUUAGAUUAUUGGGAUAUGGUUGUGUCUGUGGUCGCAGGUGGUUGCUACUUAGGUACCUAGGAG